AUUGAAUAGCUUCUAACCUCAUGGGUUUUGGUCCAAUCUUAUUUUUGAAGUUUUAGUUCUGGUCCGAUGGCAUGCUUUGCUGAAUACGUUUUUUUUCUGUGACAUCAAUGUUCUACUGCUGGUCUAUACUCUUUGAAGAAACGUCAUUAAUAUAUUUGUGACUGCAAUAUCCAUCAUCUUGAAUUAUUCAAGUGCUGAACAGCGUCAGUCUAUUACAUUCUUUCUUAAUCAAUGGGUUCUGAAGGGCCUCCAGUAUUGACUGUUCAUGUUACCGGCUUUAAGAAAUUUCAAGGUGUCCAUGAGAAUCCUACAGAAACCAUUGUAAAUAAUUUGGGACGAUAUAUGGACAAAAAGGGAUUACCAAAGGGUCUUCUUCUAGGAAACUGCUCUGUUCUGGACACUGCUGGAGAAGGGGCAGUUGAACAACUUUACAAAAUUUUGGAAACUUCUUUGAGUGGGCAGAACAAUCAAUUCCCAAGUUCUGGUAGUGUUAUUUGGCAGCUGCAUUUUGGAGUUAAUAGUGGUGCAAUGAAGUUUGCUGUUGAGAACCAAGCUGUCAAUGAAGCUACUUUCCGUUGCCCAGACGAGCAUGGAUGGAAGCCUCAUAAAGUUCCCAUUGUCCCAUCUGAUGGAGCAAUAACGCAAACUAGGGAGACAUCUCUUCCGGUCUUAAAGAUUGUUAAGGCUUUGUCAGAAAUGGGAUUCGAUGUCGUUCCCUCGAACGAUGCGGGCCGUUUUGUGUGCAAUUAUGUCUACUAUCACUCUCUCCGGUUUGCCAAAGAGCAUGGAAUCAAAUCUCUUUUUAUUCAUUUCCCUCUCUUUGUUACAGUUGAGGAAGAAACACAGAUGCAAUUUGCAGCUUCUGUUCUUGAGGUGCUUUCUUCACUGAUUUAGAUAUGAAAUCAUGCUGCUGUUUGAACUCUCUGUUAAUUUCUAUAAGUAUUGUUAUUAAUUGUGGGUAAGGUGUGCGUGUGUAUAAAAUGAUUUGUAAAUUUGAACGUGCUCAAUGUCAUUUUCUGGAUCACAUUGUUCACACCUCAAUGUCUUCAAGGUUUCUUUUUUUGUU